AUGAAAUCACUUCUUUCAAACUUACAAAAAGCUAAUGAAGCUCAUCAUUCAAAAGCUUCUAAACUUGAUCUUUCUUUACAAGAAGAAAUUCUAGUCAACACUGAUUUCCCCCUUUCUUCUCAAAAACAUUCUUCAAUUGUUGAUUUACCUCUUUCUUCACCUGAAUUGUCUGAUGAUGAUGAAAUAAUUGGCUUGGAAGCUCCUGAAUAUGAUAAUGAAAAUACUAACAUAAAUAUUAUUGAGGAUAAUAAUAUAGGUAAAAAAAUGAUGGAAGCAAGUAAUACAGUUGCAGAAUUACAUGGAAAAGGGGAGUAUUGUGCUAGAUGUAUUCAUAGAUGGGCUAAAAUAUGUUUAGAAGUUAGUCCAACACCAGUCAAAAAAUAUUUUGAAGAACAUAUUCUCCCUGUUUUACAUGUUGAAGUUCCAUUCACAAUUUCUGUUAGAACUGCUGCUCAUUGGAUGAAUAAAAUGGGAUUCUAUUAUAAACAAUAUAAAAAAGGAAUUAAUUUUGAUGGACAUAAUCAUGAAGAUGUGUGUAAGGUAAGGACUCUUCCAACUUUGGAAUUAGGUGAGAAAGAACAUGUGUGGAUUACACAUGAUGAGAGUACAUUCCAUACAUAUGAUGGACCAUGUGCUGUUUGGGGACCACAGGAAGAGCAACUAUUGAGAAAAAAGGGUUUGGGGCAAGGAAUUCAUGUUUCAGAUUUCUUAACAGAAACUAUAGGUCCAUUGAAAAAUGAUACUGAUGAAACAAGAGUUACUAUGAUUUUAGGUGCAAAUCGAGAUGGUUAUUGGAAUGGUGAAACAUUGGGUAUUUUUGAAAGAACACAUCCUGGAUGUGUUGGAAUCUGGGCAUUUGAUAAUGCUACAUCACAUACAGCUUAUGCACCAGAUGCACUGGUAGCAAGUAAAAUGAAUAAGGGACCAGGAGGAUCUGUACCAAAAAAUGAGGGAUACAAUUUGGGAUGGACAAAGACAAUCAAUACAAUUAAAGAAUUAGAUACACAAUCAACCAAAGUUUAUAGACCAUCAUUAAUGUCAUCAAUUUUUGCAUAUAAACAAACUUUAGAAUUAGAUGAA